AUGGGGUCGUUUGCGUCCAAGGCUGCCCUCGGGGCGACCACCGAUGAGCUCGCGGAACCAGAGCCGAAACACCUAGCCGAUCUAAUACAGUACAUAAAUGAAACAAAUAUGAGUGUUGAACAUCUGGCUGAUGUUCUUUCUGAGAAAACUCGGAGCAGCAGCUGGGUGGUGGUGUUCAAAGCCCUGGUUACUGUGCAUCACCUUAUGGUACAUGGAAAUGAGCGUUUUAUCCAACAUCUUGCAUCUAGAAACUCUUUGUUUACUUUACACAACUUUCUGGAUAAAAGUGUCGUGGAAGGCUAUACUAUGUCAACCUUCAUCAGACGAUAUAGCAGAUACUUGAAUGAAAAGUCGCUCGCAUGUAGACUGAUCGCAUCUGACAUCACCAAAACCAAGAGAGGGACGAAUGGUAUGAUGAGAACUAUGAAUACUAAAGAGCUGCUAAACACACUUCCAGUUAUUCAAAUUCAGUUUGAUGCUCUUCUUAAUUUUAAUGCAAAUUCAGAUGAACUAACUAAUGGUAUAAUACAUGCCGCUUUCAUGCUCCUCUUUAAGGAUUCUCUUCGUCUCUUUGCAGCCUAUAAUGAGGGGAUCCUUAAUCUGCUAGACAAGUAUUUUGACAUGAGGAAGAACCAGUGCAAGGAAAGUUUGGAUAUUUACAUCAAAUUCCUCGAAAGAAUGACCAAAUUGGCACGGUUUCUGAAAGUUGCAGAGCAAGUUGGAAUUGACCAGAACGACAUUCCACAUCUUACUCAGGCACCCCACAGUUUACUUGAAGCACUAAAACAGCAUUUAGCUUCUUUGGAAGAGAAAAAGGACAUUUUACCUCCUCACAGAUUAUUUCCCCUACAUGAUAUGUUACAACCAAUAUUACCUUCACAAGCCCACAAACCGGUUGGAGCCAGACAGCAAGGUGGAACAAUUAGAGCAAACAACCUGGAUGGCUCACUUUCUAGCCUUGUAGGAAAUUUUAACUUUGGAGAAAAUCCAGUCAACAAGUAA